AAUCGGAGAAUCGAAUGAUAGAUCGAAUACGGCGUGAGCAGUAGUUAUCCAACUGAUUAUCUCAUUUCAUAAAAUAAUAAACAACUCAAUCUCACUAUGGAUUUUAUGAUUUCACAUUUCUGCGAUGAGCAGAAUCAUCAGCCACUUUACAAAACUAGACGACAAUCAAUAUCGGACUCUAAAAAUGGACCAACACUUCUCAGCUCUUCACUGCCAACUAACGAUGAAUGUUCCGACUCCGACACCGAAAACCGAUUGCCACCUGAAACGGAGCUUGGAAAUAUUGAGUACAAAGCAAAAUUAGUAAAUCCAACGACAUCUCGUAUACAACAUCUGAUCACUCAAAUGAAAUGGCGUCUUCGUGAGGGUCAAGGAGAGGCUAUUUAUGAAAUUGGCGUUGAGGAUGGUGGAAUAAUGUCUGGAUUAACAGACGAGGAACUGAAUGAUUCACUUCGGACCUUGAGAACGAUGGCCCAAGCUCUUGGGGCGAGUAUGGUUAUUUUGACCGAGAAAGACGUUACUGUUAAGGGAUCAAAUUCACGGAGAACUGUAGUCGAGGUACUUGUCCGAAAGGUUCCUGAAAGCCAGCAAUUCAUCGAAGUUCGUCUUGCUGUCGUUGGAGGAUGCGAUGUCGGAAAAUCAACACUGUGUGGAGUGUUAACACAGGGUUGUCUGGACGACGGAAACGGAAAAGCAAGAAUUGGAAUAUUCAGAUUUCCACACGAAGUGCGAACAGGAAAAACCAGUUCUGUCUGUAAUGAUGUCAUUGGCUUCGAUAAUCGUGGAAAGCUAGUCAAUUAUGCACAAAAUAGUCUCGAAGAAAUGGUGGAGAAGUCUUCAAAACUUGUAACACUUAUCGAUCUGGCUGGAGACGCAAAAUAUCAGAAAACGACAAUUCAUGGAUUAACCGGAUACACUCCUCAUUUCGCUUGCCUUGUUGUAGCCGCCGAUCGAGGAAUCACGUGGGCCACUCGUGAACAUCUUGGAUUAAUUGCCGCUUUAAACAUUCCAAUGUUUGUACUGAUCACAAAAAUGGAUCUAGUCGAUCGACAAGGACUUAAGAAAAUCAUCAAAGAUGUUUCCAAUCUUGUUGCGAAAGCAGGGAUGACAGCUCGCGAGAAAAGAGUGAAAACUAAAAGAGACGCAGUGAAGGCGGCACAAGAACUCUGCGUUGGUAGUAUCGUACCAGUUCUUGCUGUUAGUUCAGUGAGCGGAGAAGGUUUUCGUUGUCUCAGAACACUUCUCAAUUGCCUUUCUACAGCUGGAACUGCAGAGUCACGUAUUCAACUAGUUGGACUCCCAGCCUUUUUCACAAUCGAGGAACUAUAUAAUGUGCCUCAUGUUGGACAAGUAGUUGGAGGAAUGCUAUCUGAAGGACAAUUGCAUGAAGGAGCAGAUGUUCUUGUUGGACCCAUGAAAGAUGGAACUUUUGAAAAAAUUACUGUCGGGUCGAUUCGAAGAAGCCGGCAAGCCGUAGGAUGUGUUAAUCCUGGUGAAGCUGCAUCGAUAUCCUUGAAUCUUCCAGACGGUGUCAGUCUAAGAAGGGGAAUGGUUCUUGCUGAAAUCGAUCAUCAACCACCAGUUUGUUACGAAUUCACUGCCAAUCUUUUACUGCUGUGUCACUCGACGAAAUACAUAUGCGAAGGAUUUCAAGCCACAGUGUUUAUCGGAAGUGUCUGUACAACUGCCAUUAUUACUCACAUCGACGAUGCAGACUGCAUCCGUCCAGGAAAAUGGGCUGUAGUUAAAAUGUGUUUCGCCUAUCAACCAGAAGUCAUUCGUGAAGGAUCACCAAUUAUUCUUCGUCAAGGAAAAACCAAAGGAAUGGGAGAAGUAUUAAAAGUAUUUCCGUGCACCCAAUGAUAAUUGUUAGUCUGAAAAUCUCUAAAUUUUACUGCCACCCCCCCCCCCCCCUCCCAAUUAUCUUGUAUAUUUUGUGUAGACCUCUUUUUUGUAGUCUUUUUUCACUCUCUCUCUCUUUGCCCUCUCCUCCUAGGUACCCGUGUGUUUACAUUUUGCUCCGGGUUGAUAAUAGUUGUACAUAGUUGAAAUUGUACAAUUCUGAAUAUUUGUUCACUAAGUGAACCUUUUUGUCUCCAAAAAUACUCUAGAUCCUCUUUUUUCUCUUCUUCCAGGUGCCCCCACUCAUUCUAUUCAUUUUUUGUAGCAUUUUUUGCGCUACUGCUUUUUUAGUUACAAUUUUAAAAAUGAACUGAAUUCAC